AUGCUGGCCGGGUGCCGUGCUGCUGGGGCCGCCAGACGGGUGGCCGGGCCGCUGCGGAGGCAAUUGCCGCCUCUGCGGCGCCUCAGCAAUCUCCGCAGCACUGGCCAGGACGGGAUGCGCGAGGGGCCCUCCUACCUGGACAUGCAGGCCACCACCCCGGUGGACCCCCGGGUGCUGGACGCGAUGCUGCCGUAUUUUCACGGCCAGUUCGGUAACCCGCACAGCAAGAGCCACGCCUACGGGUGGGACGCGGAGGACGCUACGGAGAAGGCACGAAAGCAGAUAGCCGAUUUGAUCGGGGCCGACCCGAAGGAGGUCUUCUUCACCUCUGGCGCCACGGAAUCCAACAACAUGGCAGUCAAGGGCGUAGCCGACUUCUACGGCAGCAAGAAGCGGCACAUCAUCACCACGCAGACCGAGCACAAGUGCGUCCUGGCCUCCUGCAGGCGCCUCGAGGUGGAAGACAAGUGGGACGUCACGUACCUGCCAGUGGGCACCGAUGGACUCAUCGACCUCGCAGAGCUUGAGGGGGCGAUCCGCGAGGACACGGCACUGGUCUCUGUGAUGCAUGUGAACAACGAGAUCGGCGUGGUGCAACCCGUGGAGGAGAUCGGCGCGAUCUGCAAGAAGAAGAACGUCUUCUUCCACACGGAUGCGGCCCAGAGCGUCGGCAAGAUACCAGUCGACGUGAGGAGCAUGAACUGCAGCCUCAUGUCGAUCUCCGCCCACAAGAUGUACGGCCCGAAGGGCGUGGGCGCCCUCUACGUGCGCCGGAAGCCCCGCGUACGCCUGCGCGCGGUGAUCGACGGCGGCGGCCAGGAGCGCGGCAUGCGCAGCGGCACGCUGGCGACGCCGAUCAUCGUGGGCUUCGGCAAGGCCGCCGAGGUGUGCGCGCAGGAGAUGGAGAACGACGCCCGGCACGUGGAGCGGCUCUCCAGGAAGAUGCGCGAGAGCAUCAUGGAGAAGCUGCCCAUGAUCGAGCUGAACGGCCACCCCACCAAGCGGUACUGCGGCAACGUCAACCUCUCCUUCGCCUGCGUGGAGGGCGAGAGCCUCCUGAUGUCCCUGGCCAGGAGCACCGCGGUCUCGAGCGGCAGCGCCUGCACGAGCGCCUCGCUGGAGCCGUCCUACGUCCUGCGCGCCAUCGGCGUCGGCGAGGAGCUGGCGCACACGUCCCUGCGCUUCGGCAUCGGCCGCUUCACGACCGAGGCGGAGGUGGACCGCACCGUGGCGCACGUGGCCGCGGAGGUGAGCCGCCUCCGCGACAUGAGCCCGCUCUGGGAGCUCGAGCAGGAGGCGAUGCUGAGCGGAGGGCACAAGAAGCUGGUGACCUGGUGGCGAUUCGUCCUGCUGUCGAGCGGGACGCACCUGUCGCCUCUGAGGAGAUUGCUGAGGGGCCGGGGCCGCUUGGCGGAGGAGCUGCAGAGGAACCACGAGGUCAUGAUGAGGGUGUCGCUGCUGCUGCUGGGGUCGAGGCGGGUGCCGCUGCGGGCGGUCCUGGCGGCGCUGGCGGUGGGCGCCACCGCUGGGCUGUGGGAGGAGGUGGCCUUCCGGGGCAUCUUCCAGACUGCCUUGACGAGCCUGGGGCUUCCGGCGUGGCAGGCGCUCGGCGUGGCAUCGCUGCUGUUCGGCCUGGCACACGCCUUGACCCCGCUAUACUUCCUGCUCGCGACCGCGUCGGGGGUGUACCUGGGCCGCCUGCUCGCCCUGGCUGGCGGCAACCUUGCAGUUCCGAUUGUGUCCCACGCUGUAUACGACGUGAUUGCGGUGGUCAUCUUGCACUUCCUCGCGACGUCCAUGUCGGCCGAUCAGCAGCGGAGUCUUAUGACAUCUGGAUUUGCAGCGAAGGCGCCGAUGAGUCCGAACCAAACGCCCGCCGCGGUCGACUGA